AUGCUGAACAAAAUUAACGAUGAACACGACAAACGCGAGGCGCAGAAGCGGCCUGCUCCAGGCCGGUGCACUGGGUGCAACGUCAAAUUCAAUAGAGACUAUCCCUGUGACCAGGAAUGUCCUGACUGCGGGUAUAUGACCUGUGAAAGCUGUUCUUGUUCGAAUAACAGAGGGACCUGCUACUGCCCGAGCUCUAACUUUGGCGACUACUACUGCGUACGCGACCCCAAGUGGUACCACGGGAAUGGACGUACCGGAGCGAUGUACGCAGGCGAUAUGCACCCCGAGCCCGACCGGCGCUACUACGACUAUCCCGAGGAAGUCUGGGAAACUGAGCCGAGAAAGUGCGCAACUUGCGGCGAGAUGAAGCGAAUGCUGAAGAAGGAGUUUGUGAAGGAGUAUCUGUGA